CGUUUCCCCCUCCCCUCACGCUCACUCGCCGGCUGGAGAAAAGGGCGGGGUUAGAGGACCGGCUUAAACGGUAGUUAACGUCCUCUUCCACGUGAUCCCGGAGAGCCCGCGAGGGGCCAAUAGGAGCGCGCUGAGCUCUCGGGCGGACGCUGCAGCUCAGAAAGAGCCCUGAUUGGUCCCCUUCCUGACUGGUUCCUCCUCUGCAUUGGCAACUGAUUGGUCCAUUCUCUCUUCCCUCGUCACCACCACAACAGCUGCCAGAUCCUGUCCACCCAUGCCCUGGAGUCCUGCAGGGAGGCGCUGAUUGACAGCUGUUACUGCAUCCUGGGCUUGCACCAGCUGCCGUACCAUCACGACAGAGAGUGACACUGCCCCCCCCUCCAGUAUUUUUACUGAUUUAUUGAUACAUAGGAGAAUGGCCUUGUGACUAAAGCAGAGGAUAAGGAAUUGAAAAAACUAAGUUCUAUUCCCUGCUCUACCUUGCACUUCCUGUGUAACCCUUGGCCGGAAGCACAUUUGUGAAUGACAUUAUAAAUGUGCAUGAAGUAAUGAAAAAUAUUGCCCAGUAGGUGCAUUGAAAAGUUUCUUUUCCAUCCCUCUCUUGGAGUAGGAGAGAAAAAGGGAGGCCUUUCUUAAGAUAAAGAUCAUCAGCAAUCCUUGUUCAUGGGAAUUGGUCACUUGAUUUCUGAAUGCAGUCCGACGCUGUGAAGUAUGAAGCAGAGAUGCCUUCCCUGUUAUGGGGGUUGGAUCCUGUCUUUUCUGCAUUUGCAAGACUCUACAUUAAGGAUAUAAAGGAAAUGAAAGAAUCUAAGCAGGUUCCAGGUAUAUUCUUUUAUAAUGGACAUCCAAUAAGACAGGUGGAUGUUGUUGGGACAGUGGUUCUAACAAAAGAACGAGAUGCUUUCUAUAACUAUGGAGUGGAUGACAGUACUGGGGUCAUAAACUGCAUCUGCUGGAAAAAUCCCAGGGAAGCAGAAAAGCCUUUCUCAGGACUAGGCACAUCUUGCAGCAGUGAUCUAGUUGAACAGAUGAAGAAGCUCCAGGAAGAGGUGCUCCAGAAAACCAAGCUGGAAAUUGGGGAUGUUGUCAGGGUCCGAGGUCAUAUCCGAAUCUACAGAGAGCAGCGAGAAAUUCAGGCCUCCAUCUAUUAUAAAGUGGAUGAUCCUAUGUGUGAGGUUCAGAUUUCAAGGAUGUUGGAGCUCCCAUGCCUCUAUAGAGAAGUUUAUGAUAAGCCUUUCAAAAUCCCAGAGGAGGCACAGAGUGCCCCAGGUGGUCUGAACCUUAGAAGCUCAAUUGACUUGCUGAGCGAGAAAGUGAAAGACUUCUUAUUGGAGAACAGAAUUCAGACCUUUUACCAACAGGAGCUGGAAACAGUUGACGAUUUGGUGUCAUUGGCCAGUCAGCCUGUGUCCAGGACUGACUCUCAGCAGAUGGAUUCAAAAAGUGAACCCAGCUCCAAACUGAUUCACAGUGCGUUCAAGGAGGCAAUAAAGGUGCUGCAGGAAAAAGGAGUGGUUUUCCAGAAAUCAAAUAGCCCCAAGGAUGUAUAUCAUGUGACUGACCAGGAUAAGGAGUUACACAACGUGAUCCUUGGUGUUGUCAAAGCAGAUUGUCGAAAACCCAAACGCAACACAGUCAUUAGUAGCCUGCUAUGGAGCUGUUUCAAAGGUGUACUUUAAGUGGACUUGACAAGCAUGAAUUCGUACUCUGGGACUGCUAGAUGGCCAGUUCCUGUUUCUAUAGAAACAGUUAAGUUGGCAAAAGUCAGGUAAGUGUAAUAGGUUUUUAAAUCAGUCAGCGUUUAUUACCUUCUUUUCCAGUGAUCAAAUUUCCAUGGAAACUGCCUGGGAAUUAAAAUUAAGGAAGGGGGUAGGAGUAGGGUUCAAAAUAUUCAGCUGUUGACUUGUGUAUCCAUGGAAAUGGAAGUUGGCCACCUUUCUGUGCCACUAACCCCCUCCCUUUGGUCAGGCAGAAGGAGAGCACCUGGAAUUAGAGUUAGGUGCUUUGUGAUCAGAGUGUGCCAGUAGGGAGUGUAAUAAGUGGCAUUUUGCUAGCUCUGCCUGGGUUUAGGUUCAGUGGCUAUUAAUCUGACUAUGAAAAUAAGGGAGAAACAGGAUUUUUUAAAAAAAAGUACGGGCAAUUCCAUAUUAUAAAGGAAGGCUGUCAACCCAAAAUAUAACUUAAUUUUAUCUUCAGACUAUCCACCCUCAACUUGCCAAAAUAUAAAUACAGAGAAGAGGGGAGGAUGGGCUUGUAGUUAAAACAUGGGAUGGGGAGCCAGGAGCCUUGGGUUUCUUCCAGGCUCUGUCACAGACUCCCUGUGAGAUUUAGGGCAAAACACUUAAUCUGUCUGCCUCAAGAUGUGGAUUCUAAUCCCAGCUCUCUCUGAUUUAAGUCACUUCCCCUCUCUGUGUCUUUGCUUGUCUGUUUAAGCCCUUCAGAGUGUUGUGUUUGGCUAUGUACACACUACAGUUUACGUCAGUAUACAUUGUGUUGCUACGGGGUGUGACUAAGCCACCACCCUGAGCGACUUAAAUUACACCUAAGCGCUGGUGUGGACAGCACUAUGUUGGCUGCAUCAGUGCAGCUGCGCUACUGUAAACUGUGUGUUGUAGCUAUAGCCUUUGUGUUGCUUUGCUUGUACCGUGCCUAGCACAAUGGGACCCCAAUCUCUGCUGUGGCUCUUGGGCAUUGGUGUAAUACAAAUAAUGAAGAAUAAUUUAUUAUAAAUUGGAGGCAGGCAGAGUUCUAAAUGGCCUCUCUCUCCAGCCUCUUACUUGGAUUAUCAAUUUCCUUGAGGCAGGGACCUUGUCUUUACAUAUUACACCCAAAAACACAUCAUCCAGUAAUUAGGAAAUCCAGCAACACCCAUUAUUCUGGCAUUUCUUAACUUUUGAAUGCUUGAUUUUGUAACAUUAAUCUUUUAAUAUAAAUUUUGGUAUAAUUCCCAAGCUUUUUAGAAAUGCACAUGUGUGGGGAGGACAAAAAUUCCAUUCUGUAGCAUCAUAUUGACACUCAGAUGGGUCAUCCACAGGGUUCAAAUCUUUAGAUCUGCCACUUCAGGUAAGGGAAUAACUGAUAGCAGUAGUAGGUUGUUAUCCUCUCUUUGGACCAGCACUACCAGGGGGGAUGAGACACUUUCCAACUGCAGUUCACAGAUAUUUGCUGAGAGUAGAGGAAGGGUGAGACUCCUGAAUCUUGAGUUCCGUUCUAGGCUCUGGAGGGAAGUGUGUUUCAGUCGGUAUAGAUUUUUUGUAUGUGCCCACUUUCCCCCAAGCUUGAUCCCCUUCUUCUCUACCCCUUCCACCCUGUCCCAUUCCUGUUUUGGCUAGUCUCCUUGCCUAUGCCAUCCCAGUUUCCACUCCUCAGGCUUCUCAUUUAAGUCUGUUUCCCUCUCCAAGUCCCUUGUCCCAGACUCUUUGCCUAACCAGUCCUAGUUCUCUCCUCUCCCCACCCCCACCCCGGUCUUUCUUUUUCCUGUAGCACUGGUUCACUGUCCCAUUCUCCUUGCCUGCUUCUAGUUCCCAGUCUCCCUCCCACCCAUCCCAAUCCUCUCUCUGCCCCAGGUCUGGCUCUUGUCCCCUCAGAAUUCAAACAGGCCAGCUUCCUCAGUGCCUUGGCAGCAGCUGGUGAUUGUGAGAACACAGGACCGACAUGUGUCUCUGCUUUCAAUUGGGCUGCCUGGCCUUAAUUCAGCCUGCAGCAGUCCAAAAAUGCAAUUACAGGGACAGUCCAGCUCAGUUCCUGCAGCCCAAGGCUGGAUGGUGCUUCAUGUGGAUGGAAUCUUCAGAGACUUUUAGCUGUGAAACUCUAGAAACUCUUCUGCAUAAGCGCAGUCUGCAGUUUUUCAGAGCUUAUAACUCUGACAACUUUGGGCAGAUUUUUACAGGGAUGAUAAAGGCACAUUCCUGACACAAAGACCACCGCCCUGCCAAAUUUUAAAUCCCUCUGCCGAAGCAUGAGGGUUCUAGAACUUCACAAAGAAAAAUCACCAGAAUUUAACACCAGCAAAAAAACAUUUUUCUCUAGUCCCAUUCUUAGAAAUGGCAGAAUGGGACUGAAAUGUCAAUAAUAAUUAAUAAUAGCCUAAGGCAGACACCCAGCAUGGGAGAUUUCAGCCCAAACAAUUAAAAUUUGGCAAAGUUCUAUAAGCAACUGAAAACAGGGUCUUAUAAUGGGGAGUGUCAGGCAACCUUAAUAAUAAAUGGUGCUACCGGUUACACCUGUAAUUAUAUAUGUAAUGUGUAGUGUAAAGACUAUGCUGGUCUAGUAACAAUAAAAUACAGGUUGAGAUGAGCCUAACUUAAGAAGAUUCAUGUAGAUUAGCAAGUAGGAUACAGCCAAGAAUUAAGGAAUUUUCAAGUAAAGGAAAUUAUUUAGAGGAAUUAUUUUCUGCAAACACAGACGCACUGAGCAGCACGGUGCCAAUUAAGAUGGCCCAACAAGCUCUGCAAAUGCUUGGAUCCAGCUCUUGCCCUGGCUUGCUUUUUGUGAUUAUUUAGUAGAAAAAUGGGUGCUCCCCUUCCAAGAACACGAACUACACCACCGGGCCAGCUCAGUCAGGCUUGUGGGAGCGAUCUGUUUACCGGUCUGCAAACUUGCUAGGGCACUUGUAUAGCUUCCACAGUAGGUGAGUGGGUGGGACUGAGCCAUCCAUGUGCUUUAGAGGAUUUAGUGUUGUUGCUAUUUUUUUUUCUCAUCCAUUUUUAAUUAACGGGAUAUAAAGGGGAACGGGGAGGGGAGCCCUGCUGUUACCUUUGAGGCACUGAUUCAGCAAGGUAAUUAACAACAUGCUUAGCGCCAGUAAAUCCUAUUCCUUAACAUUAGGCACAUACUUCAGUUACUUGCUGAAUUGGAAGUUCCUCCUCGUGGCAAAGAUCCUGCUAAAAGGAAAUGAAGAACACUGAAGUAAGAGAGGAGGACAGACGUAACGCCUCUCUCAAUGAUAGGGUCAUGUUAGCCUAGAUCGGCCCCCUUGUUUCCUGAACAUGCAUACUUUAAUUGUGUUCUGGCCUGGGGUGAGGAGUGUUUGGAAUUGUCUUCCUCCAGCCCCCUGCCCACAUUAAAUCAUUCAGGCCCCUUCUGUGUGUAAUUCUCCAUUGCUGUGAUGCCUAUAAAAAACUUGACAGCUGGGGUGCUGAGCCCUCUGCCUGUCAUGCUGACCAAUAUUGUCUCAUUGUUUCCUCACAUUCUCCUGUCUGAUUGUAUCCAUCUGUUGUCUCUUGUCUUAUACUUAGCUUGUAAGCCCUUUGGGGUGGGAAGCAUCUUUUUGCUCUGUGUUUGUACAGCACCUAGCACAAUGGGGCCCUGGUUGAAGACUGUGUCUCUCAGGCAUUUCUACAAAGCCAAUAACUAGGGACAAUCAUCACAGGAGGAAAGUGAUAGCAAUAGAAAUUCUUGUUGGAAAGUCCUAAAGGAAGACUAUCCUCAGAAACACAGACAGGAGCAAACAGACACUACUUACAGCAAGUCAACAUUUAAAACACUGCCUGGGUGCAGCUGCACCGCUGAAGCGCUUUAAUGAAGACACUCUUUGCUGAUGGGAGAGAGCUCUCCCAUCACCGUAGUUAAUCCACCUCCCCAAGAGGAAGUAGCUAUGGUGGCAGGAGAAGGUCUCCUGAUAACAUAGCGCUGUCUACACAAGGGGUUAGGUCAGUAUAACUAUGUCGCUCAGGGAUGUGGAUUUUUCACACCCCUGAGCAACAUAGUUAUACCACUUAUAGGUCUGCAACAUAGACCAGACCUUAGCCUUGGUCAGUAUCUGGCUUAUUGCAAAUAAGUAGCUAACAAGGUUUCAGGCAUCUGAAACAAGUAGUAAGUGCUAAAUGCAAUGGUGGUUGCAUUCUUUUAUCUUCUCCAAUUAGGAAGACAGCAAACGAAAUAAGGAGUGAAAGAGAUUGGAGUAAUGCAAAGUUUAUCAUAAACCAUUGGGUAAAUUAUAUAAUACAAUGUGACACUUCUUCCCCCCUCACUUCCCUUUGCAUAUACAGUCCUGCCCUUUUACUGUUUCUCCUGUCCUGCAGGGUGCGUCUCUCUUUUUGUUAAAGAAGUAGGGCAGGCAAUCUCCAGGUGGACUUUUAAAGGGCCAGUUAGGACUGUACUUCUUAAUUUCUCUCUCCCUUGCUAUUAUCAGUUAAUUCAAAAGUUAAUCAUUUUGGGAUGCAGUUUGUAAAGAAAUGUUAGUUUAGGGGGUUGUGCAAGUCUGUCCUCUGUUCUGAAGAAAUAAAAAUUGCACAGGCACGUUCCUUGGAUGGAUUCAGUGCCAGAUGCCAGUUUGGCGUUGCUGCCUUGCGUGCAACCUGAGGCUUUAAAUAUAAACCUUAACAGGUGUGCUUUGUGGACAUAACACCUCUAGGGGAAGAAAAAUGUUUGAUCACUGAAUGAUGGAAACAGAGCACUAAAGGGAACAUCUGCCAUCAACCUAUGCAAUAUGGAAAGAGCUCAACAUGAUUCAUAAUGUAUUACUAAGGCUAUGCCUACACUAGGGACCUUACAGCAGCACAGAUGUACCAUACAGCUGUGCUGCUGUAACGUCUCCCGUGUAGCUGCUCUAUUGCCAAUGGGAGAGAGCUCACCCACGUGACAGUAGCUCUGUCAGUGGGAGACUGUCAUAGAAUCAUAGAAUAUCAGGGUUGGAAGGGACCUCAGGAGGUCAUCUAGUCCAACCCCCUGCUCAAAGCAGGACCAAUCCCCAGACUGAUUUUUGCCCCAAAUCCCUAAAUGGCCCCCCUCAAGGAUUGAGCUCACAACCCUGGGUUUAGCAGGCCAAUGCUCAAACCACUGAGCUAUCCCUCCCCCCAAGUGCUAUGGUCUCCCACCACCAUAGCGCUAUCCACACCGGCGCUUCUGUCGGUGAAACUUAUGUCGCUCAGGGGUGUGUUUUUUCCACACCCCUGACUGACAAAAGAUUUACUGACAAAAGUGCUAGUAUAGACAUAGCCUAAGUGUCUGUAUACCAGUGCUUACUGGUAGCAUGCCCACAACUAAAAGCCCAGCAUAUAGUGAUAGAGAGAAAGUCCUCUAGUUCAGAGGUCUACAGUUUUGGAACAAAGACUUUUGGGUAGCAUCACUGUUGCAACCCAUGGGCCUAGGCUAACCAGAUGACAAGAACAAAAUAUUGGGACACAUGGGGGGCGGGGGGAGCCACAGGCACUGGAAGCUGUGGGGGUGGGACUUACUUGGGGGCAUGAGUAGCAUGCAGCGCCCCAGGGUCAGGGGCAGCCGGGGGGGUCUGCACCCUGUCCGUGCUUGCUGCUCCCAUUGGCUGCAAUGGAGCCAGCACUUGUGGUAGGUGCAGCACGCAGAGACCACCCCCGGCCACCUCUGUGCCUAGGGGCUGCAGGGUCCUGCAGCCCACCGUUUCCUGGGAGCUGCCCCAAAUAAGCACCGCCAGGACCCCAGGUGAGCGCUCACCAGUGUACUCCUCCAGCCCCGAGCCAAAAUAUCGGGACAAAUGGCGUCCCGACCGUACAUCGGUCGGGAUGCGGGACAAACAGCUAAAUAUCGGGACAGUCCUGAUUUUAUCAGGACGUCUGGUCAUCAUACAUGGGCCAUGGCUUAGACCAUAACUCUGAUCAUAGAAUCAUAGAAGAUUAGGGUUGGAAGGGACCUCAGGAGGUCAUCUAGUCCAACCCCAUGCUCAAAGCAGGACCAAUCCCCAACUAAAUCAUCCCAGCCAGGGCUUUGUCAA